UUCUUGUUUCUUUCAAGAAUUUAACAUACAAUUCAAAGUCAUUAAUAAAAUGGGAAAAGUUUGGGCUACAUUGAGCCCACUUUUUCUUAUGAAUAUGGAAUUUUCCUAAUAAAACUAACAAAUGCAUAAUAUACUGUUCAAGUUUUCACAUUCUUUAUAAAACAGCACAUCAAAUAUACAUAUUUCUAUCCCACUUUCCAUUUUUUAUUAAUAUUGAAUUGUACAUCUUUCCAAAAUAACCUUGAGUAAAUACAAUGAAAAAAAGAAGAUGCAAAUUGUUUCUUUUUCUUGACCACAUAACUCACAGAUAAAUAAAAUAUUCAGCUUAAAUCUUUCCAAAACAUGCUUAGCAGGAUACAUUCUAAAUAGUAUUUUGUAAGUUUCCAUACUUUAACCCAAGAAAUAAAACCAAAUAAAGAAGACUAAAAAGACUUUGGUAAAGAUACAGAACGGAGACCAUUCCUCAUUAUCUUAUUACAACACUGUUGUUUUAAAACAUCAACAUUUUCAAUGAAAAUGCUCUUCGAUCCCUUCUGAAAAUUUCCACGUUCUAAUGAUAGAAAGCAGAAACGUGUUGCUGAUGUGAACUACGUCAUCGCCCGUGGCCGCUUUGUGCUUACGACAUCGACAACGCUCGAUCUGAUUGGAGGAUUUCAGAACGUGACGUCUUUGACGCAAAAGGACCCAACUUCCGCAUUCAGCGGCGCUCUUGGUGUGCGUCCUAUUGGGGUUUCCAAAAGCGUUUUUUUUUUUAAAUGACAUUAUUAUUAUUAUUAUAUAGAUACGUUUUGUGCAUCCGUGCGGAAUGUUCGAUUGUGUUAUAAAUAACUGCUGUUUUUCUUUGCACUAACAGUCCAUUUCCACGUAAACAACCUAUUAUAAUGAUAAUAAAAACACAAUAAUAAACGGUGUGUUGAUGCGUAAUCACAAAUCACGUGAUCAUCCCUUAUAUAAAAUCAUACCAAAGCUAAAAGCGAAUGCACGCUUUUUUUUAAUAGCAUUAAUUAUUAUUUUAUUUAUACCCGUCCACGGAUUGGAAACGGUCAAUUUACUCGUCGUGAUGUCAGAAGGUUUUUAGGUGCUCGUCGAGAAUGCCUGAGUAGUUGCGGUCUGGCUCUGCCUCACCAAUGACGGUCUCUCCAUGUUGCAUGUCCUUCAGUUCGGCGUGUGGCUCGUCAAACUGCCAUCACGGAUCCCGAUUUGGAAGCAAAGCGAGCCGGUGGGCUGCUCUUCCUGCGGCUCGCAGUCGGCCAAGCCACGGUGCUGCCGCGCCAAGCGCGCCGAGCUCUCCAACAACUUUAUACGCGACAUGGAGUGUCGAGUCCUGUCCAUUCAGAGUCAUGUAGUCAGGGGCUACGUGGGGAACAAAUCCGCGUCCUUUCCUUUACAGGUGAUGGGCUUUGAAGUAGACUCCAUCAACUCUGUACAGUUCUCCAACCAUACAGGUUACGCACACUGGAAGGGGCAGGUCGUGACUGCAGACGAGCUCCAUGUGCUGUUUGAGGGAAUCAAGCUCAACAACGUUAACCACUAUGACUACGUGCUCACAGGUUACACCAGGGACACAUCUUUUCUGGAGAUGGUGGUGGACAUCAUACAGGAACUGAAGAUGGCUAAUCCUAAUCUUGUAUAUGUAUGUGACCCUGUUCUGGGUGAUCAUGGUUCAAUGUAUGUGCCUCAGAAUUUGUAUCCAGUCUACAAGGAAAAAGUGGUUCCAGUGGCAGAUAUAAUCACUCCAAAUCAAUUUGAGGCAGAGCUUUUGACAGGAAAGAGUAUCAGCACAGAGAAAGAUGCUGUAGAGGUGAUGGAUCUGCUCCAUAAUAUGGGUCCAGACACAGUGGUCAUCACCAGCUCUGAUCUGCCACCUCGACGCGGAGACCGCUUCCUGGUUUCACUCGGCAGCCAACGCAUUGUGAAGCCUGACGGCACAUACACCACCCAAAGGAUUCGGAUAGAAGUGUCCAAGGUAGAUGCAGUGUUUGUAGGAACGGGUGAUCUGUUUGCAGCCAUGUUGCUGGCAUGGACACACCACUACCCUACAGACCUGAAGAUGGCAUGUGAGAAAACGUUCUCCGUCAUGCACCAUGUUAUUCAGAGGACCAUUUCUUAUGCCUUCGAGAUGGCAGGUCCUGGCAGGAAACCAAGCCCAGCACAGCUUGAGCUACGAAUGAUUCAGAGCAAGGCAGACAUUGAGGAUCCAGCCAUCGUACUGGAGGCCACUGUUCUAUAGAAACUCCACACACACACACACACACACACACCAUUCCCCCUUCCCCAAUGCCACAACCGCACAAUGUAUAGAUGUUGUACAUUUUUUUUGGAUCUGUAACGUGACAUUGCCUUAGAAAUCUUGAACAGAGCACAACAUUUCAUUCGGAGGGAGAAAUAGCAGGGUACGGCCACAUCGACGAGCAGCAAAGAAAGAAAAAGAGAAAGAGAGAAGGACAUAAUGCUGUGAUAAAAGAGAGGAAAGAGCAGAAAAGAAAAUCUCUUUCUUAGCUAUUUUCCUCUCUAACAUUUCCUUCUCUGCGCUCUUCUCAAACCCCCUGUUUGUCCUGCACAUUGAAGAUGCAGUCGAAUGCCUAAUAUUCAUCAAAUUUACUUGAGAAACUUUUGAAUGAAACAAGCUGAAGUCGUUAAUGAUCAUGUCAUUAACCAUCAUCAUUAUGGGAGAUUCGUUACGUGGAGGUCAGGUUAUUCAAAUCUUCACAGUGAAAGUUUGUCUAUGAUAAAAGGCUUUGUAUGCCCCUGUUUGCAUGUAUGUUCAGGGAAAAAAAAAAUGCUGUGAUUGUAUUUAAUUGCAUGCAUACAUGCCUUUUAAUAAUCUGUGAUGUCUGGAACCAUGUAUUUUUCUUUGGUUUGGUUUAAUUCUCAUUUACAUUUGCAUGCUGAAAUGUGAGACUAGCAUUUCAACGUGUAAUAUUUGAACGGUUUUUAAAAAAUGUCAAUGCUGCUGCUGUUUCAUACCAUGUUUUUAAUGAUAAAAAGAGAAUAUUUUACAAGAAAUUUAGUUCCAGGUAGCUAAUCACUGUAUUGCGUAAAGCAGUAGUGAGGGUUACUAUCAAGCUAGCUAAUAUUUGGCUUUUAUAUUGUAUGAGCCUGUAGCUAGCAGGAUAAGAUAUUUUAUGCACCAAAGCUAGCAAAUGUUUUCCUUACUAUUAUUGUAUUAUAUAUAUUAUAUUACCUCAAUUUUAAUGAAUAUUGAUAGAAAGCUAGCUAGCACAUGGGUAACUACUGUGUCACAUAAAGCAAGAUUGAUGUAUUAAUUGGUAAUGAAUGAAGCUGGUGCUAGUAGCCUCUAUCCACAAAAAAAGCGUUUAUCCACACAUUUUGUUUACUGGACUUUCAUAUCAUGAAGGAGAAAGAUUUAGAUUCUUAAAAGUCAAAGUACUUUCAGUGUGUUUUCUUUAUUACAUUGUCUUUUCCCUAUCCAUUUUUUUAAGCUCUUUUUCCCCUCAAUAUUUUAGCUCUAUAGUGUAAACAGUAAGAAUUAGCAGCACAAUGGAUCACUCUCUUAAUCCAUAAUUUAAAACUGUUCAUUUCUGUUCUUUUUCAUUGAUCAUUCAUCCAUGCUGGACAUGUGACAUUUUUUCCUUUUUCCAGAACCUGUGACCGUAAGCUUGUGUUUUAGAAAUCAUAUCCAUGUGCAGGACGAGUCAUGGGGUCAGCGUUGCUCUCGAUGUUGCACUUCCUCCUCACCUUUUCAUAAAAGCGAUGAUGUAUUUAAA